AUGGCGCCUCGACUAUUAAAGAAUUACCGAGUCUACAUACUCACUGCGGUAGCCUACCUGGGCUCCCUCCUCUUCGGUUAUGAUACCGGUGUAAUGAGCUCAGUGCUUGCACUGGACAGCUUCAAGAAGGAUUUCGGCCUCCCACUCUCAACAUCCGGCUUCGCGAGCGCCAAAAACUCCCAAGUCUCAUCCAAUGUCGUCAGUCUUCUCACAGCAGGCUGUUUCUUCGGAUCUAUAUUCGCAGCCUAUAUUAACGACCGCAUUGGUCGUCGAUACUCCCUUAUGAUCUUCUCCUUGAUCUUCCUCGUUGGUGCUGCAAUGCAAGUUGGAGCUCACCAUGAGAUUGGCCUCAUCUACGCCGGUCGCGUUGUGGCUGGUCUAGGUAUUGGUGGCAUGUCCAGUAUUACCCCUGUCUUCGUGAGUGAGAACUGUCCACCCGAAUACAGAGGUCGUAUUGCGGGUUUGUUCCAGGAGUUCCUCGUUAUCGGUAGUACCUUUGCCUACUGGCUGGACUAUGGUGUGUCGCUGCGGAUUCCUGAGGGAACGAAGCAGUGGCGUACCCCGGUGGCUAUCCAGCUUAUCCCGGGUGGUCUGAUGCUUAUUGGACUUUUCUUCUUGAAAGAGUCUCCUCGGUGGCUGAUGAAGCAGGGUCGUCGUGAGGAAGCACUUACCUCGCUGGCGUAUAUUCGAAAUGAGCCUGAAGAUAGCGAGGAGGUGCAGAAGGAGAUGGCUGAGAUACAUGCGGCUAUUGAAGAGGAGUUGCUUCUUACUGAAGGCGUUACCUGGAAGGAGUGCCUUCAGAAGAGUAACCGGUACCGCUUCUUCUUGGCCUUUUUCAUUAUGUUCUGGCAGCAGUUCUCUGGAACAAACAGCAUUGGCUACUAUGCCCCUCAGAUCUUUGAAUCUAUUGGAAUUAGCUCUACUAACUCUUCGCUGUUUGCGACCGGAAUUUAUGGAACUGUCAAGGUGGUGGCAACUGCUAUCUUCUUGUUUGUUGGAAUUGAUCGCUGGGGUCGAAAGCGCUCUAUGAUGGGCGGUGCUGCUUGGAUGGCUAUCAUGAUGUUCAUUCUUGGAGCUGUGUUGGCUACAAAGCCUCCAAACCCAGACUCGACCAGCGUCUCCUCCGCUUCUAUUGCGAUGGUCACUAUGAUCUAUCUUUAUGUCAUUGGGUAUUCCUUCUCAUGGGGUCCCACACCCUGGGUUUACUUGGGAGAGAUCUUCCCAACACGACUACGUUCAUAUGGUGUCGGUCUCGGAGCAGCUACACAGUGGCUCUUCAAUUUCGUCAUCACAGAGGUCACUCCUCGUGCCAUCAAUAAGAUCGGAUGGAGAACAUUCAUCAUGUUUGGUGUCUUCUGUACUGCGAUGGGUGUCUUCGUUACUCUUUUCGUCAAAGAGACCAAGGGCAGGACCCUGGAAGAUAUGGACCUUAUCUUUGGUGCCAUCGACGAAUUACAGCGACAAGCAGAUGUGGAACAUACUCGCCACAAGCAAGAUGUGCUCCAUGCAGAGCAUGUUGAGGAGCGUGAGCAUGAUGAGAAAUGA